AUGGCUGCGGCCGCAGCCAUGUGGGCCAUGACGGCGCUGUCGCUCGGCCUGCUCGCGCUCCGACUCUACACACGGCUGCGCAUCGUCCGGUUCGUCGGUGCCGAGGACCACCUGUACUUCUGGACCGGCCUCCUGCUGCUGGGCUUCACCGCAUGCAUCCAAGUCGCCGUGCGCUACGGUCUCGGCCGCAGCUUCUGGACGCUGCCGCCCCUCGACUCGCGAGAGCGCACAAGGCUGCGCUCUGGUGCCUCAUCUCCGUCACCGCUGCGCACUUCGGCCGCGCUGGUCGUCAUGCUCUGGUCAAGCAUCUGCGACUUCUUUGCCAUCUUCCCGUGGCUGGUGGUUUGGCCUCUGCAUAUGCCGCGCCGCGACAAGCUCGUGCUUUCCAGCCGAAUGAGCUCGGGCGUCCUUGCUGGAGGAUGUGGCAUCGCCGGGACAGCCGUCCUGGCACGGCUAGAUAUCAUGGACUAUACAUGGAAAGCAAGCUCCAAAGGCCGGUCGGCCCCGCACUCCCCCCUUCAAUUUUCAGCACCUGAGAAGGAUUCCCGCGCGGGCACGAGCGAGGAACUGGCCGAACUGCGCCUCGAGCUCGCAAAGUUGAAGGGGAUCACUAGCGGACUGCAGCGCGACAAGGAGAGGCUGACGUCGGGGCUGACCCUCCUUCAGACCAAGAACGAGCAGGCGGCGGCCGAGGCCGAUACCCAGACCAAGCGCGCAGCCGCGGCAAUCUCUACCCCCUCGAUCAGGAGCUGAUCCGACUCGAGGUGGCGAAGGCGCGGAAGAUGGCCGAGAUGGAGGCGAAGAUUCGGUCCAAGGACGCGCUGAUCAGGCGGCAGACGGAGUAUAUUAAAGAGCUCGGACAAGAACGGGCCAGGCCUGCCGCAUGAUGGGGUCCGUUGUCGAGGAUCUUCUUUUGAACGGGGCCGGCGAAGCUCAAGGGGUAGCUAGACGCAGAGGUUGGCUGAGGGGGUUUGGAAUGGUCGUUGAAGCGUUGACUGGUUGCCACCCACCGUGGGCUGGGAGGCUUGCCGGGUCCUCUGGGUCAGAGGUCAAAUAAGGUAGAGAGGGCAGCGUGGUAAGGGCUUAG